CUUCACACACAAAAAAAUGCAGGUGGAGCCGUGGAGGGAGGAGAGCAUCCUUCCCUGUGUUCGUGCUGCUGGUGUAACGCGUGCGUAAAGACGCUCGAUUGAACACACUGGCACUGUCUCUGGACCGGACCACUGCUGUAGUGUGACAAGGGAUGUGGUUUGGACCACCGUGUGGUGCCACAGCUCAGAGAAAGGCGUCGGACGCAGUCUAUCUCAAGUCUGUCAUUGGCACAGCGCGAUCGAGCCAGGCGGAGAAAAAGGGAGGGGGGUAUUCUGCUAGGGAGCCAGACAAUGCGGUUUCGUGAUACGUUCAUUUCUUCAUACUAUUUGAACUAAAUUCUACAAAAAAAACAAAUGGCCUGUCGAGGAUGUGGAAAAGAAAUGUUUUGUAAUUCGUGCGGUUUUCUCUAAUUUUACACUCGCGUUGAAUUCAUUUUUUCUGCCAGCGUCGUGAUUGGAAGCAAAACCAUGAAAUUUCCAAUAGAAAACCAGACUAAACAAGUUAACUGGGACCCAGAACAAGUGGCGGUCCAGACCAACUUGGUCCCUCCCAAGAAGAUCCAGCCCGGCAUGGUCAAGUCAAGCCUGGUCCAGGCAAGUGUGGCCACCAUGCAAAACCCCAUGGGCUAUGAUCCAAAGACCAAUGGCCACUGUCCGCUUCCUCGCCUCUCCAUCUCCUCCCGCUCUGCCAGCAUGGUGGCUAGUCUGGAUGCCAGCAGCGACGGGUCGCUUGCAGCUCUUCAUUCGGUGAUGAAGUGGAAGACGGUGCUGGCUGUGUUCAUUGUGGUUGUUCUCUACCUGGUUGGUGGAGCCCUGGCGUUUAAGGCUCUGGAACAGCCUUUUGAGAGUAACCAGAAGACCAGCAUCACCCUGGAGAAGGCCUCUUUUCUGGAAAGGCACCAGUGUGUCACUCCUACUGAGCUCGAUGACAUCAUCAAGCAUACUAUAGAUGCCAUGAGUGCAGGAGUGAGGCCCAUUGGAGAGACAUCUUACAACUCCAGUUACUGGGACAUUGGCAGCGCCUUCUUUUUUGCUGGAACUGUCAUCACAACCAUCGGUUAUGGAAACAUAGCUCCAAGCACAGAAGGCGGAAAGAUCUUUUGCAUCCUCUAUGCCAUAUUUGGAAUUCCGCUCUUUGGUUUCCUGUUAGCGGGUAUCGGAGAUCAGCUGGGGACCAUCUUUGUGAAAAGCAUCUUGCGAGUGGAGAAAAUAUUUAGGCAAAAACACAAACAGAUCAGCCAGACAAAGAUAAGAGUGACAUCUGCAAUCCUAUUUAUCCUGGCUGGCUGCAUUGUCUUUGUUACCAUCCCUGCCGUUAUCUUCAAAUACACUGAGGGCUGGACCACAUUGGAGGCUAUCUAUUUUGUUGUGAUCACACUAACUACAGUGGGAAUAGGAGACUAUGUAGCAGGUGGAAAUCGGAUGAUUAACUACAUGAGCUGGUACAAGCCUUUAGUGUGGUUCUGGAUUCUUGUGGGUUUAGCUUACUUUGCGGCUGUCCUCAGCAUGAUUGGAGACUGGCUUCGAGUGCUUUCUAAGAAGACUAAAGAAGAGGUUGGGGAGAUUAAAGCUCAUGCAGCUGAGUGGAAGGCAAACGUACGGGCAGAGUUCCGUGAAACACGCCGACGUCUGAGUGUUGAGAUCCACGAUAAGCUCCAGCGGGCCGCAACCAUCCGGAGCAUGGAGCGCCGUCAGCUGGGCCUGGAGCAGCGAGCACACUCGCUCGACAUGCUGUCGCCCGAAAAAAGGGCUUUGUUUGCCAGCCUGGAUGCUGGCCGUUUUAAGACUUCUUCCCAGGAAAGCAUCGACACCAAAUUAAACAACCUGAGGCUGAAGGGGGCCUGUGAGUCAUAUGACCAUCAGGCGAGCGAGCAAGCACAACAGACGGCAUCUUCCUCGGAGGAGAAUCUCUUCAACCGCUUCGGAUCCCUCACCAAGCUGGCCAGACGCAACAAAAACCGCGAGCUGCGCAGGAACAUUCCUGAAGAUGCUCGACGGACAAGCGUGAUUAUAAACAACGGCAGUCCCAUGCUGGGGGAAGAGAGGAAGGAGGAAGAGGAUGGAGAGCCGGAUGAAGAAAGCAGGGAGACGAAAGAGGGAAACAUCAGUCUGACAAACCUGUCACAGUAUGCCAUGGAACGCUCUAAGUUGAAUGGAUCCAUACCGACACAGGCCAAAGACAGAGAGAACGAUUAGGUGUCAAAUGCGUGAACACCUGAGCUGCAGACAGGGAAUGAAAAGAUAGACAGAAUGAUACUCAGACUGAGUCACAAGGAGAGGGCACAGUCCUUUGAGAUGUCAAGAAAUGUGCCUUUCUGUUUCCUAUGCUUAGACUGGAACUGCUCCCAGGAAAUUCAGUCAUCGUGCCAUAGCCAUGGGAAGAAAAAAUGUUGCCAAAAAUAAAUCAAAUUGAAAAUGCAGACGAGCCUGUUGUUAGAAUACCUCAUUCCAUAUGUUGCUGUAAAAUGGGCUACCUGUGAUGUAUAUCAGAGCUUUCUCCCUCAAGUCUGUUGUUUUCCAGCCCUCAAGGCUCUUAUGAGACACCUGGGCAACAACCAUCUGUUCAUGCUGAAUCCUAUUUUUUUCACAUUGUGGACACAACAGCGAGUGAGCUGGAUUCAUGUCAUUCAUCUUCAGAGAAACUAUCGAUCAUUUUGUCAUCUCAUACUGUGGGGGCUUAUUUUAGCCCAGCGGCCUGCUAAGAAAGGACUUCAGCAUUUAAUGACCAGAGCGUGGGAGGUUAUGUUUCUGCUGGAUCAAUAAACAAUGCUAGUAGUUAACUUGACGACAUGUACAAUUAUUCCUACAUUGUAUGUGAUGUUGAAUAUGUAGCCUAAAGGAAAAAACUACUGCAUACUAAUAGCUUAAACUAACUAUACACAGUGCAUGGUUAAUAAAACACAGCCAUAGCAGUUAACUGACAUAAAGUAACUUGAAAAUUUACAGCUGUUAUAUUAAUUUUGGCAAUGAAAAUAAAUGGUCAGCUUACAUUUUUUGUUUUUGCUCCUCUACAAUGGUUGGUAGAGGUUUUUAAACAUUUAUUUGAGGUUAUCUGUCAAAUUGCAAACACGUUUUUAUUAAUGAAUGUGAUGAUGUUGAUUUUGUAUUCACCAAGCAUGUUUGGAACUAUUUUUCGUCCUUUUUCUAUCAGUCAAGCACCUAAGUUGUAUGUAUUUUCCAUUAAA